AUGCCUGACAUGCCUAAGUAUAGCAUUGCUGUGACUAUUAUCGGGGUCAUCCAGCUUGCGGGAAAGGUUACCUCCCUGGGCUAUGGCUAUAUCGGUGGAGUGGAUCGUGCUCCCAAGUACCUUCGGGAGCUUGUUGAUGAGCUUGCCGCUCUCAGUAAAGUACUUAUCGCCAUACAAGAUCACACUGAUAAGGAACCAACCUCUGAAGUCAUACAUUCAUUAAACGAGGAAAGAGGGCCUCUUCAAGGAUGUGCACGGGAGUUGGAGAUACUACAGUCGGAAUUAGAACCCAAGAAUGGAGAGGGACUUCAAUCAGUCAUGGAAGAUAAUCUUGAGUGGCCUCUUGAAGAAGAGCCGACGAAAGAAUACAUUAAGCGUGUCAAAGCACUAAAGGAAAUCUUUGAACUUUCUUUGCAACCUGAAUCCGAACGUAUUGCGGGUGAUUUGGUCGGACUGGUGAAGAAGUAUACUGAGGACGAGGAUCUUGAAGUUCACAAGCUCCCCCUAGAUCAUCCAGUUGUGGUAAAUUGGUACAAGAGGGAGGAGGCUCUCCGAAUGGAGGAAAAGCGAGAGAAUGUACUCAAUUGGCUAUACCCGGAAGACCCUGAGGCCAGGCAUAAUGAAAUUAGUAAUCGGAGGCAAAGGGAAACUGGUUCAUGGCUUACAGAAAGACCUGAAUUUCGGGAAUGGCUUUUGCAUCAUGAUCCUGCUUCUCUAUUCCUAUGGGGCUAUGGAAUCCCUGGUGCCGGAAAGACAUAUUUGAGUUCUGUCGUUGUCGACUAUUUUCCAUCUGGACCAUUGGCGGAAACGCAGGGCAAAUCUAAGGAGAAAAUCAUUGAGGCUCUUGCCAUGUGUGCCGGGGAAAUGAUUCUACUUGUCCGUUUCCACCUAGAGUAUAUCUGUCAACAGACUACGGCGAAACAAAUCCUACAGGCCCUCACAAAACUAAAAGGGAUUAUCGAUAGAGAAGGCCCAUUGGAACCAACUUUUAUAAGGGCCAUAGAAAAUCUACGACGACAACCUAAGAACUGCUCUGACUUGGCCGUGAAGGUCCUUGUUUGGCUCGCUAAAACAAGGCGGACACUUACAGUUGACGAAAUCCAAGUAGCCGUUUCUAUUGAGGCAAGGCGAGAAAGACUUGACGAGCUAGACUUGCCAGACAGGACCACGUUGUUCGAUGUCUGCGGUAGUCUUGUUUCAAUUGAUGAGCAAAGUGGAACUAUUCGCCUCUCUCAUGAGAGCGUAAACCAUUUCUUAGCCAAUAGCCCAAGCACUGUUCCAGAGCUUUUAGACGAGACUGUCACUGUGGCUUUGAUGACUUACCUUGGGUUCGAAUCUCUCUCUAUCAAAAUUACCAAUGAUGAACUGCCGGCCCGUCUCAAAGAACAGCCUUUCUUGAGUUAUGUGGUGACCCAAAUACAAUACCAUCUUAAACUCUGCCCGGAAGAGAUCACCCUUCAAUUGGUUCUCAGAUUCCUUGGUAUGCCAGUAAAUAUUUAUUCAUAUCUACAGGCGGCCUCGUUUUGCAAUGCGAAAAUGCGGGGUGAUAUUCUCAUUCCGGAAUUCCCUUCGGAGCCCCUCGAAUAUCCUGACUUUCCAACGAAACCUGCACUACACGUCGCAGUCAUUUUGGGACACUUUUUGGCGAUUAAGCACUUAAUAAAAAAUGGUGCAGAUCUCUUGGAGCGCGAUUCCUGGGGCCAGACUGUAAUCCACGAAGCGGUUUUGGCGGGAAAUGAGAACGUGUUCUGCUAUUUAUUGGAGAAGGGUGUUGAUGUUCUGAGGGCUGACGAUAAAGACCAAACGGCACUGCAAAGAGCCUGCGAUAUAGGCAAUGAAAGAAUGGUCAAUCUAUUACUAGAGAAAGGGGCCGAAGUAAAAACUGUUGAUGUCACUGGUAAGAAUUGCCUUCACAAGGCAGCUUUGGGGGGCCACGAGGGGAUCGUAAAAAUAUUACUCGAACGCGGCAUUGAUUUUACGGUCAUUGACGAACGUGGACAUAACCCCUUAAUGGAGGCGGCUUCCGGAGGACAUGAGGGAAUAGUAAAAAUCUUACUCGAGAAAGGCGCUGACACCAGUCUCCUUGAUGUUAAUUGUCGAUCUAUCAUUCACUUGGCGUCACAUGAUGGACACCACAAUGUGGUCCGGGUUCUCCUUGAGAACGGAGUUUAUGAUCUUUCACUCUUUGACAAGAGCGGGCAAACGGCACUUCACAUCGCGGCGGCUCGAGGUCAUAAAUCUACUUUGGAGGUAUUAGUUGAACACGGUGCCGACAUCCACGGCAAGACCAGUGCUGGAGAUUCUGCACUUCAUCGGGCAGCAAUCUACGGGCAACGAACGAUAGCCAUGUACCUCAUUGGAGAGGGGCAUGUAGAUAUCUCAGUCUUGGAUGCGAAUAAUAGGACAGCGCUAGAGGUUGCUGAGAUCGCUAGGCGCGACCAGUUGGCAAUGGUCCUCAAGGGUAAUGGUGCCGAGGAAGAGAUUAAAGAGGCCAUAAAUCGUGAAAGACUAGUCCAGGUAUUAAGAGGAAAUUUAAAUCCUGAAAAUCCUGAUGAAAGAAGGUUGAGGACAAUUUUGGAUUCUUUUGGUAGCCUAGAUAUCAUGUACGCAUACAGAAUGGGGGUCAUAAAGUAA